AUGGCCCCUCAGCAACACCAACAAGCCGGCCGCAGUCCGUUCCCAAUCCUCUACCGCCUCUUCUUCCUCUACAUAGAGCCAGUAUCCGCACUCGUCGGCGCCUUCUUCGCCCAUUUCCGCCAAAGCGACUACCUCCUUCUAACCCACGCGGCCUCAGCCCCUGUCCUUGGCCCUAUCCCGACUGGCACCUCCAUCGUCUUGUCCCAGUUGGCGAAUCUUUACCUGCUAUUCGCCCUGAACGAGGCCCUUGUCCUCCGUUCCACCUCUGACCUACGCGUCUGGAAGACUGUGCUGUUCGGGCUGCUGGUCGCUGACCUGGGUCACUUGUGGACGGUCAGAGCGCUUGGGCUGGAUGUGUACCUGCCAUGGAAUUUUACCCGGUGGAAUGCUAUUGACUGGGGCAACAUCCCCUUUGUGUAUCUAGGUGCCAGCAUGAGGACUGCUUUCAUUGCUGGCGUGGGCAUGGGAGGGCCAGGGAAGGCGGUUACUGUUACGAAGAAGCGGAGGUAG